AUGGCGGAUCACGGCAAGGCCAAAUCGGACAUCUCCUUCGCCGGAACUUUUGCCAGUAGUGCUUUUGCUGCUUGCUUCGCCGAGAUCUGUACUAUUCCAUUAGAUACUGCCAAAGUCCGGCUGCAAUUGCAGAAGAAAGCUGUCGCUGGAGAUGGUUUGGGUUUGCCGAAAUAUAGAGGAUUGCUAGGUACAGUUGGAACUAUAGCCAGGGAAGAAGGCUUAUCAGCGCUGUGGAAGGGUAUUGUGCCUGGAUUACACCGUCAAUGUUUGUACGGCGGUUUGAGGAUUGGAUUGUAUGAGCCCGUUAAAACCUUGUAUGUGGGAAAAGAUCAUGUUGGAGAUGUACCGCUGUCGAAGAAAAUACUUGCUGCCCUUACGACUGGUGGUGUGGCCAUUGCUAUUGCCAACCCUACCGAUCUUGUCAAAGUAAGGCUUCAAGCGGAGGGGAAACUACCACCUGGCAUGCCCAGGCGUUAUUCCGGGGCACUAAGUGCUUACUCUACUAUUGUGAGACAGGAAGGAGUUGCAGCUUUGUGGACUGGAUUAGGACCUAAUAUUGCACGAAAUGCAAUUAUAAAUGCUGCUGAACUAGCCAGUUAUGAUCAAGUGAAGCAGACGAUCCUGAAAAUCCCGGGUUUUUCAGACAAUGUUUUCACCCAUCUCUUAGCUGGUUUAGGAGCUGGUUUCUUUGCUGUCUGCAUAGGCUCUCCGGUCGAUGUGGUCAAAUCGAGGAUGAUGGGGGAUUCUGCAUACAAAAGCACACUUGAUUGUUUUGUCAAGACUUUGAAAAAUGAUGGACCUUUGGCAUUCUACAAAGGGUUUAUUCCCAACUUUGGGCGACUAGGUUCUUGGAACGUGAUCAUGUUUUUGACUUUGGAGCAGGCUAAAAAAUUUGUCAAAAAUUUAGAGUCUUCUUCGAGCUAA